GCUAGGUGUUCAGUCGCUGCAUGUGAACCUUCUUAAUGUACAUGUACACCGGAUACGAUGGAAAAAACUAAAGAACAGAAAAAACCUAGACAUUCUAAAGCAAAAACAGUAUCAAAGGAAAGGAAGUCACGAAGACUUAGGAAUUUUUUUUCUUGGUUUCGGGGACAUCGAAAAAGGAAAGAUUACGACAAGUUGAAAUCCCCUAGUGAGAAUGUCUCGUCUUCAACUGAUAACAUUCCAAACUGGUCUGGGGAAUCCGGUGUGGUUAAUCAGGCAUUCCUUCUGGAUAAUGUCCAAGUAGGGGGAAACUGUCUCCGGGCAAGCCUGACAUCUGUUGUUACAGCUGCUAACUCCGACAACGGCAAUACCACGACAAAUGACGUGGAUGAGUGCAUGUCUGAAGUCAGCGCCGCCAACUCAGAUGAAAGUCUUUUACAGAAUGAAAGACCAGGAUAUAUCGGCAUACCAUGCAGUCCAUGUUAUCGUCUACAGAAUACGAUCCAGGAACUUUCCAACGCGGUAGCUCGGUUAGGCUUAGAGAAGGAAAAACAACUUCUAAUUAAGCAAUACCAACGGGAAAUUCACCACGUCAGACUUACCGAUGAAUGCAAGAUACAACAGCUUGAAAAAGAGAUUGGAAAACUAAACGCCGACAUCUCAUCGUUGAUGGAGGUAAAUGCCUCGCUGAUCAAAAAGGGUCUGUGCACGGAGGAUGACAAUUCCAGACUGCAAGAUGAGCUGCAGGAACAACGCAUAAGAUGUUCAGAUGUUGAAAGUGAAAACACCAAACUUCAUCAGAACAUGACGAUCCUAAUGCAGAAACUUGGUAAGAAAAAACGGGAGCUUAGCAAGGAAAAUGACAAGAACACGUCAAUGUAGUAUGUUGAAAGGAAGUAGCAAGUUUGACACCCAGUGUCGAUGUAAUACGGUGUUUUCAUUGUGUUUUCUCGUGACAAAAAUAUAAGUGAAUGAUACAAAUAUGCAAGUAGGUUCAGCGAUAUAAGUUGCAUUCUCAUUGAUAUUAUCAACACGUAUAGAAAGACAACACAUGUUUAGUGCUAAAGACGACAAUAAGUGUUGCUGGUGGAAAGCAAAUUAUAAUUGUUGUGUGUCAAUUGAAGUGUGCUUUCUGCUUGAGAAUAUUGUAAACGGUUGCUUCGACGCGCAUAUCCGAAUCUAUAAGGAUAUAUAAAUAGACCAUUGUACUAUAUUGCAUUCUCCUAUAAAUAGAUGUAAAGGAUUUCCACUGUUUUAUUGAACAUAGAACAUGGCUAAUUGCCAUAAUAAUACGUCAAAGGACAUAGGGAUUUCGACUUGAUAACGUGAAUAUUAAACAUAUCUUUAUAUCAUAUAUAUGAUAAAAAAGGUGAGGCUUCUUUUUUCGGUGUAAUUAAAAGGUUAGACAUCUAAUUGAGAUAUCAUUAUUAGAUGUACACUGAUAAAAUAUCAAAUGUUUAACACGAAUAUUGGGGAAGUGUGUUUGACCGUAUUUAUGAAAAGAUCUAUAAAUAUAUUGAUGUAAUCAAUGAGGAAAUUUUCUAUAAGAUUAAUAAAGAUAUGUCGAACAAAUCCUAAAUUACAUCACGAUAUAUUCUAAUCACGUGGUGAUUAGAUGGAGGGUCUUAUUAUAAAAGUAACAAAACAUAACACUGGAACUGGACACCCCGUAGGUAAUCUAUAUGGAAAUAACCGUUCUAUGAGAAGACAUUUAAUUACACAUAUGUCGUCAUUUCCUUAUAUAAGGUGAGCUUUGCCUACCUACACAAUAUAUGUGUUUACGGAACAUUGUCAUCCAUGACUAAAUAAUACCUGGAGGUUGCACCUAAUUAUGAUUACUUAGUGUGUUUUUUUUCUUUUUAUAAUUUUGAUGUGUUUUGUUAAAAAGUAUUGAAGGCAAAUGGAAAAAUAAGAGUCAUUACCACAUUGCCUCUCUAUUUCCCAAAGAUACAAGUUAACAAGGAGAGGAAUCUACCUACUUUUCCCUUACCAUGUGAUAUCAUAAGAGGAACCACCCCAUUACCCAUGAUAACAUAUGAAACCCUUUGUUCAUCCAUGUAUGACAUAUACUACCCAUUGCCCAUGAUAACAUAUGAAACCCUUUGUUCAUCCAUGUAUGACAUAUAAUACCCAUUGCUCAUGAUUACAUAUGAAACGCCUUGUUCAUCCAUGUAUGACAUAUACUACCCAUUGCUCCUGAUAACAUAUGAAACCCCUUGUUCACCCAUGUAUGACAUAUACUACCCAUUGCUUUUUCUACUAUAAGUUACCACAUUGAUUCUCUAUAUUAACGUAUUAAAGAGAAUGAAAUAUAACCCUUGUUCUACUAUAGUAUAGGAGUUUAUGGUAAAAUGAAAUGAAAACACCCCGUAAAUUAGUAUAUAGGGUAAACUUAUGUUUAUUAAUACGAAGUUUAUUUGUGUGUAGGGUAAAAAGGAGAUAAUUAAAAUUCCAUUGUUUCUCUGCGAUAUAAAGUAAAAAGUAGAAGAACCACCCCGCCCACCCAGAGCGAAAUCAGAUGCUCUAGAAACUAAGCAUUUUAGUACUACUGGUGACACCUGGUAUGAUGUCUGCCUUCACACACAGGAAAGUAUACGUCCAAGACGAUGUUAGACAUACUGAACAAUGCAGAAUCAUAGGUACAUUGUAGUGGUUAACUUGCAUAGUUAUCUCCCUUGGAUCAGAAUUUCUAAUUGAUAUCCAUGUUUCUAAAAUUAA